ACAAUACCUAUCAUGUUUUCUAUAACUAUAAAUAUUAUUGAAAUAUGGAUUUAGAAUACAAAUUCGCACUUUAACGAUAUUAACCCACAUAAAGCGAAAACAAAGAAGAAAGAUAGUUGGUCAGGUUAGCAGGUCAGUCUUGCAGAGUGACCAUUUUGAACUCCGUCCAACGCCUAGUCAUAAACGUUCUAAAUAAUACCACGAAAUGCUGCGCCACCUAGAGUCCACCAUGCCAAACAUGCACCAUCAUCAUAUCGCCGGCCUUGUCGAACGCCCGUGGAACGACUACUGCAAGCGAGAUGGCGAUAGCAUCAGGAGAUGGGCGAGCGGGAUAGCAGAUCAAACCGAUGGCUGUCAAACUCAACACAGCCGUGCCGACGAACAGACCGCACAAAGCGUAAUGUAAAAGAAUUGAAAAAACUCAUCAAGUAUAGAGGCCAAAAAGCAAACGCAGCACUCCGGGGAUAAAUUAAUCAAUUCGUUCGAUGCGAAACAACUAAAUGCGGCGUUUACAGCGCAGUGGAUGCGAGCGGCCAACGAAUUGCGGAGGCAACGAACAGAGCCGAUAAAAAGGCGAUCCACACGCAUACAGCCAAGUGAGAGCCUCCCAUACAGGCGAGCCACUCACACACCGCAAACUCUGGCACACACACACAGACACACACAUACCACACCACACACACUCUUACACACAAGCGUGCGUGCCUUGGCAGGUGAGAAGAAGAGGAAGGAGCAGGAAGAGGAGCCCAAAAGGAGGCGCCAACGGAAACAAAAUUGGAUAAAUUGAGAAAAAGCGGCGCAAGAAGGCGAAAGGAAGCUGCAACAGACUCUGUACGAGGCGCAGCGUAGAUCAGGAGGAACAGCAGCAACAGCGGGAAGCAACUCCACGAACAAAAACAGAAGCGGCAGCGUAUUUGGCGAAAAUCUUGCAUUGAUGGUAAUGCAUGCUAGAAAACCGCAGCGUAUGAACGAUGGGUACUUUGAGAAGCAUACCAGCCACACAUCCUACCAGAGCUCAAAGUACAGCAGUUCAAAGCGCGACUAUGAACGUGAUCGUUCCUCCAAUUAUCGUGAUCGCGACCUGUCGCCGGGCGCUGGCGGUGGCGGAGGUGGCGGCGGCGGCGGCGGCGGUGGUGGAAGCAGCAGCGGCGGAGGCGGUAGCAGUGGCAAUGGUGGCGGCAGCGGCGGACCAUUAAAUAAUGGCAACAGCUAUCGAUCCCAAUCACCGGACAUUGAUUCGCCCUCGUCACGUUCCCAUGAUAUCCGUGAUCGCAGUGAUCAUCGUGGCGGCGGCGGCGGUGGCAGUGGGCGUGGCGGCAGCGGUGAGCGUUACAGCUUUAUGCAAAAGAUGCGUGACAGAGAUCGUGAUGUAUACAAAAAGGAUAAAUAUUCAGAUAAACGAGAUCGGCGUGGCAAUGAUCGGGACUCGGAGUCGUCGUAUCGUACCAACCAUGACAGGGAUCGACGUGGCGGCGGCGGUGGCGGUGGCGGUGGUGGUAGCAGUGCAGGUGGAGCAAGUGGCGGCAGCAAACUGUGCUCCUCGCGGGAAAACGACAAGCGAUCGGGUUCGGAUGAUCGUGACCGGGAGCGAGAUCGGGAUAUGCGUGAUCUGCGCGACAAGCGGGACCGCAAUUCGGAUCGCGACAGGGACUUGUACAAGAAGGACAAGUAUGCAGAUAAACGGAGCGAGCGCAGUGAUCGUGGUGAGCGAACAGCACGGUAUGGCGACUGGAGUGAGCAUGUAAGCUCAUCGGGGAAAAUGUAUUACUACAACUGCAAGACGGAAAUCUCCCAGUGGGAGAAGCCAAAGGAAUGGGUGGACAGAGAAAGGAAUAUGCCGCGUGAUCAGCACCGUGAGAAGGAAUAUCGUGACAAGGAUCGCGAUCGGGACCGUGAAGACCGCUUCUCCAGAUCGACAUACAAACAUUCCAAUUCAUCGCGCGACAAUUCACGACUGAGAUGGAAUUAUGAAAACGAUGGCGGGCCGCCCAGCCAUCGAAGGCGUUUGGAUGGACGACACAAUGAUAAUGCUGACAUGGAUAUAAGCGGCGACUCGACGCCCACCUCGGAGGCCAGCUAUUCGCUUAGCGGUACGCCAACUACUCAUGGUGGCGGUAAUAGCAGUGAUCAGCCGAUGGGCAAUGCCCUGCCACGCCUGGCCUCCCACCCGAAUGCAAGCUCCUCCUCAUCGACCUCCGGCGUGACAGCGGGCGGAGCAUUGGGAGCAGCGGCAGCAGUAGCUGCUGCGGCAGCGGCGGCAGCCGCCGCACUUCACUAUGCAGGUGGAGCGAGCGGUAGUGGUGGUCCGGUAACGGGCGCCACAAUGUUGCCCACCAGCGGACUCUCAUCGUCCGUGAAUAGUAACAACAAUGCUGGCGGUAGUGGCAGCAAUAGCAGCAACAAUGCCAACAGCAGCAGCAGCAACAGUAGCAGCAGCAGCCUAAUGAGGAAUUCGGUUGUCGGCCACAUUGGCUCCACCUCUGGCACAACUGUGCCCACACUGCAGGAUCCACACCAGCACCAGCAUCAUUUAAACUCGAAUGCUCCACUGCCGCCGGGUGCCAAGGGUAAGGAUCAAACGCUGCUACUAAUGCGCCAGAAGAUGCAUCUGGGCCUUGGUGUCCUCGAUCACCAUGGAGUGAACUCUGUCGGUGGCAGUGCAUCGGCGGGUGCAGAAGCGGUUAAUCAUGCCUACAAUUCCGUGAAUAAUUCAGUUUCCGGCAGCAGUCUAAGCAGCUUACGGGACAAUAGUAUCAACUCGCCACUGUACAUGUCCCACUCGCACCACAGCCUCUCGCCGUCGCUCAGCAGCUACACCAAGAGCCCCAUACCGACAAUUGUCGGUCACACGAACAAUGUGAGCGGCGGCGGAAUGCUUAGCAAUGCCUACACCUGCAGUGCACCCUUUGGCCUCAAGGAUGUGGCCUCCGCAUCGCCAGCCACGUCGAACAGCAGCCAAAGCCAUGUGCCCGGCUUGGGCGCCGUCAGUGGUAUCAGUGUGAUCACCUCGAUGGGCAGUAACAGUGUGGCCUCGACGUCGGGCGAGGGACCGCCCACGCCCACCCUAGAGCUGGAAGGCAGCGCGGCGUUGGAGCUGCAACAGCAGCAACAGUUGGCCGCCGCAGUGGCAGCGGCAGCCGCUGCAGCAGCAGCAUUAGCGAGUGUCCAGCAACAGGCGCAGCAGCAGCGAAAAUUGGAUGGCACUUCGUCGGCCACGCUGAGCUCCCUGCAAAGCUGCGUGGGCUCCUCGGUACAAUCGGCCAAUCUGCGCGGCCCAGAGAUAUCGCCCAAGUUGGCGAAAUACUUUCGUGCCGAUCUUAUUGCGCACGUGACCAAUUGGCAUGCGGAGGUGCUGGAGCGUCAGGCGCAGAAGUGUUGCGAAGACACACACCUGUUUGGCGACAUUACCUGCACACGGAUAUGCGCGGAACUGAAGUGCGCCCGUAGCCUGGUGCGCAGCACAGAGAUCUGUGCCACCCUGCAGGAACAAAAAAUCAUGUAUUUGCGCCAGCAGAUUCGACGCAUUGAAGAGUCGAAGACUCAGAACGCGUUCAUGUCGGACGAUACUUAGGAUCAGGAGCAGGUUAGGCUGCGCGUCCAUCGCAAGUUGUCGGUUAGGCUCAAAAAGAGCUACUUCUGGCGCAGCUGAUGAUGAUUGCGAUGAUGAUUGGAUUGGUGCAUUGUGUCAGUCGCCGCCGCAGCCGUCGCAUAAUUUGUUGCCUUUGUUGUUUUUGUUCAUCAGCGCACGAUGAAUAAUUUACACAUGAUGAUAAUGAUGAUGAUGAUGACAUCUGGCGGCGGCAAUAACAAACACAGACGCAUACACAAUGACUGAGAAAACGGCGUGCAACCUGCUCCUAACACCUUACAUCUGCUGCUUUCUCCUCUGGGCGAGACGCAUCUGUCCCCUGAAAACCGCAUAGGAAUCACUUGUGUGUGUUCGGAUCGAGUCUGAAUCUCCCUCACAAAAAAAUGUAUGUAUAUAUAUAUAUAUGGUGGCGGUAUAUAUGUAUAUAUAAACUACUUUUGAGCGGACGGGCUACUCGGCACAAGACAAAUCAGGACGAAACAAACAAGAAAACAAAAGAAAACCAAGCAACUCCAACACUACAACAUAAUUUAUAAUUAGCCAAGCGUAAAUUAAAAGCCAGAAUAAUCUUAAA